GCGCGCAGGCGCAGACGCAGGCGCAGGCGGCUGCUCCUCGGGAUCCCCGGGCUACCUGGCCGCUGGGCGCAGGUCUGGGCUGGAGUUCUGCGUGUGGGCUUCACGGGAAGGCGCCCCCCAGCCUCGGCGCGGGGUGAGCGGCCGAGAUGCGGCUGGGCCCCGGAGCUUUCGCCGCCAGUUGCGUGGCGAUCGAGGUGCUCGGGGUCGCGAUCUUCCUCCGGGGAUUCUUUCCGGCUUCCGUCCGUUCCGCUUCCCCGACGGGGCGCCUCGCGGAGCCCGCGGCGCCCGAGCCCCUGGCUGGAGCCAGUUCUAACUGGACCAAGUUGCCACUACCUCUGUUCAGUAAAACUGUUAUUGUGCUGAUAGAUGCCUUGCGAGAUGAUUUUGUGUUUGGAUCAAAAGGUGCAAGGUAUAUGCCUUUUACAACUUAUCUCAUGGGGAAAGGCCCAUCUCACAGUUUUGUGGCUGAAGCAAAGCCACCCACAGUUACUAUGCCUCGAAUCAAGGCACUGAUGACAGGGAGUCUCCCUGGCUUUGUUGAUAUUAUCAGAAACCUCAACUCUCCUGCACUACAAGAAGACAAUGUGAUAAGACAGGCAAAAGCAGCUGGGAAGAGAAUGAUCUUUUAUGGAGAUGAAACAUGGGUUAAGUUAUUCCCAAAGCAUUUUGUGGAAUAUGAUGGAACCACCUCAUUUUUUGUGUCAGAUUAUACAGAGGUGGAUAGUAAUGUUACAAGGCAUUUGGAAAAAGUAUUAAAAAGAGGAGAUUGGGACAUGUUAAUCCUCCACUACCUAGGGCUGGAUCACAUUGGCCACAUUUCAGGGCCUGAUAGCCCCCUGAUUGGGUAUAAGCUUCGAGAGAUGGAUGGCAUCCUAAUGAAGAUUUAUACCGCACUGCUAACAAAGGAGAGAGAGACUCUUUCACCCAAUUUGCUGGUUCUCUGUGGUGACCACGGCAUGUCUGAGACAGGGAGUCAUGGGGCCGCCUCUGCAGAGGAAGUGAGGACACCUCUAGUCCUUGUCAGCUCUGCAUUUGAGCGGAAACCUGGUGAUAUCCGACACCCUACACAGGUCCAGCAGACGGAUUUGGCUGCAACACUUGCAAUAGGGCUUGGUUUGCCAAUUCCAAAGAACAGCAUAGGGAGUCUUUUAUUUCCAGUUGUGGAGAGAAGACCAAUGAGAGAACAACUGAGAUUUUUACAUCUAAAUGGAGUACAGCUUAGCAGAUUGUUGCAAGAGAAUGUUCCAUCUUAUGAAAAAGAUCCUGGAUUCGAGCAGUUUGUGAUGGCCGAAAGGCUCCAUGGGAACUGGGUGAAGCUGCAUUUGGAGGAAGAUCGUUCUGGUGCCCUGCUCAACCUGGGGACCAAGGUGGCCAGGCAGUACCUUGGGGCACUGAAGACCCUGAGCCUGGCACUAAGCAUGCAUGUGGCUCAGUAUGACAUCUACUCCAUGGCAGUGGGGACCAUAGUUGUUUUGGAGGCUCUCACCCUGCUCCUCCUUAGCACCCCACAAGUGCUGCACAGAAGAGCUGAGCUAGAAGUGCCCCUGUCACCUCCCGUGUUCUCUCUGCUCUUCUACCUGGUGUUCCUGGUCCUGUCAGCCAUCCAUGUAGUAGUGUGCACCUCAGCCGAGAGCUCCUGCUACUUCUGCAGCCUCCCGUGGCUGGCAGCAGGGGGUGUGAUGGUGCUGGUUUCUGCACUGCUCUGUGUGAUUGCAUCUGCGCUUGCCAGGAUGGUCAUGGACAGCACUCUCCUGUGGAAGAGUGCAGCCCACCCCUGCUCGGGAUGGUCGGAGGUGGGCCUCCUCCUCCUGCUGGGCACCGUGGGCCAUGUCCUGAGCCUGGGAGCCAGCAGCUUUGUGGAAGAAGAGCAUCAGACCUGGUACUUCCUGGUCAGUACACUCUGUCUGGCUCUGAGCCAGGAAACCUGCAGGAGCUACUUUCUGGGACACAACAACGAGCUGCCACACUGUUUCCACACAGAGCCAGGGACUGUGGGGGCUACCUCUGUGCAUCAGGACUGCUUUGCCUGUGAGGCCCCCAAGGCUGGCCAGAUGGAUAAAGCUCCUUGCCCUUCUGGAACACACAGAGGUCAUGCACGCUGGGCAGUGCUGGCUGGCCCAUGGCUGGUGCUGGCCUGCUGCCGACUGCUGAGGUUCUUGAACCACACGGGGGUUCAGGGAGCUCACCGGCCAGACCUUGGCCACUGGCUCACCAGCACUAGUCACAAAAUGGAACUCUCCUGCCUAGCUGCCCUCUCCCUGCUUGUGAUCUUCAUGCUGGCUCAGAGAGGAUGCUCCCCUGUGUCCAAGGUUGCCCUGGCACUAGGACUGGUGGGUGUCUUCUGCUAUCGGGCAUCUAUUGGGAAUUUGCUGUUCCCAUGGCAACCGGCCAACAGAGGCAUUUCAAAGGGUAUUCUUGAAGCUCGUUUUGUUUAUGUCUUUGUCCUUGGCAUUCUGUUCACGGGCACCAAAGACUUGCUUAAAUCUCAAGUCAUUGCUACAGACUUCAAAGUCAAGACUGUAGGUUUGUGGGAACUAUAUAGUGGAUUAGUUCUUCUGGCAGCAUUGCUCUUAAGACCACAUAAUCUUCCGGUGUUAGCAUUUAGCCUCUUGAUCCAGACCAUCAUGACUAAAUUCAUCUGGAAGCCCCUGAGACACGAUGUAGCUGAGAUCACUGUAAUGCAUUAUUGGUUCGGUCAAGCAUUCUUCUAUUUUCAGGGCAACUCCAACAACAUCGCCACCAUUGAUGUCUCAGCAGGCUUUGUGGGCUUAGAUACUUACAUGGAGAUUCCAGCCACAUUCCUGACAGUAUUUGGGACAUAUGUGGGACCCGUGCUGUGGGCUGGCCACCUGGCACAUUUCCUGAGCGCAGAAGCAAACAGUGAUUCAGCAAUGGGCCGUGCUUGCUUCUGCUAUGCGCUGAUUUGUUCUGCUCCUGUUGCUGCAUACAUCAUUUUGGUGACAUCCCUGCGUUAUCACUUGUUCAUAUGGAGUGUAUUUUCUCCAAAACUUCUCUACGAGGGAAUGCAUCUGCUCAUCACAGCUGCCCUCUGUGUGCUUUUCACUGCCACGAGUCAGACCAGCCAUACAAGGGCUUGGAUGAAGACAGGUGCUGGAAACCAGUGAGCUUUUAAAGGUUGCUAUUUGAACCAUGGAUUUGAGUAUUGAAACAUCUGUUCAAAUGAAGGAUCAUUUUAAAAAAGUAUGAAUCCUAUGGAGUUGAUAAACAGCUUCAAUUGCACUUGAAUUUAAAUUAAACAGUAAGUAGUUUAAUAAAAGAUUACAUCAAAACAUAGUAUGUAUCAUAUUUUCCCUACUGAUCAUCCUAGAAACUUCUGAAAUUUUAAUUUCUUCUAGAUAAGUAAUAUGUUUAAGUCAUAAACAGAAAGUUUGGUCUUUGUCUUGGUGUGUGGACCUCGGCAAGCUGCAGGAGCUGUAUGGGAAGAGGCACAGACAACCUCGUAGGCCCAAGCACUUUGGUUUAUAUGGAUUCUGCUUGUUAGUGUUGCUGGCAUUUAGAAUAAAAACUAAGGCAUAA